AUGAAGAUCUUAAGCUGGAACUGCAGGAGUUUGGGGAGUCCCUGUGCAGUUCAAGCCUUGUUAAGGCUCAAGAUGGUGGAAAACCCUGAUGUGUUGUUUUUAAUGGAGACUAAAUUAAAGAAGGAGGAAGUGCAAAGUAUUAAAUUUAAGAGCGGCUUCAAUGGGUGUUUUAUUGUUGAGUGUAAAUGGAGCGGUAGGGAUAGAGCUGGAGGUCUGAUUCUCAUGUGGAAGGAUAGCUUUCUUCUGAAAAUCCUCUCAUAUUUUGAGAAUCAUAUAGGUGGGGUGGUAGGAGAUGAAGUUGAUAAUCAAGACUGGUUCCUUUAUGGUGUAUACGGUUAUCCAGAGGAGCAUAAGAAGAGAUUCACUUGGGAUUUAAUCCAAAAUUUGGUUGGCAGUGGUGGUGAUCUUGUGCUUUAUUUUGGUGACCUAAACGAUAUCACCUCUGAACAAGAAAAAAUGGGUGGAAAUAGCAGGUCGCUUUCUCAACUAUCUUUAGGCAGACAAACUAUGGAGUUAUAUGGCCUAUCUGAUCUUGGCUUUCAAGUGCACCCGUAUACCUGGUCUAAUGGCAGAAAGGGGAAUGAAAAUAUUCAAUGCAGAUUGGAUAGGGCUCUAGCUUCCCCAAAUCUCCAAAAUAGGUUUUCUCCAAUUAAAGUUAUUCAUCUACCUAGGUUUGUUUCGGAUCAUGCAGUGGUGAGGAUUGAUAUGGAGGCCGAUUUAGGAGCCAACAAUAGGAGAAGGAGACACAUUUUCAGAUUUGAAGAGGCUUGGUGUAGAGAUAUGAAAUGUGAAGCUGCUGUGAGAGAGAUGUGGGACAGCCAACCUGGAAAUGGAGUUUCUAAGAUUGCUGGGCUUAAAAGUUUAGAUGAGGUUUUCAAAGAUUACAAAGUGAAUGCUGUGAAGCAGGAGUUGAAAAGGAUUGAGAUUCUGUUGAAGGAGGAUAGCAAUUGGAAGGCUAGUGAGGAGGCUAUAGCAAUUCAAAAAACCCUUGAAGCUCAAAGAAAUAAUCUACUGCAGGUGGAAGAAAUUAUUUGGAGGCAAAAGAGUAUAGUGGUGUGGCUCCAAUAUGGUGACAAGAACUCUAAGUUCUUUCAUAAGAAGGAUAAUCACAGGAGGCAAACAAACUUAAUCUCAAAACUCAAAGAUGAGGCAGGAUAUUGGUGGAGAGGAGAAGAUAAUGUAGAAAGACUGAUGGUGAGCUAUUUCUCAAACCUGUUCUCAUCUUCUAUGCAUGAAAACAUAGAGGAGGAUGUGUGUAAUCUAGUUUUAGAAAUCCUCAACAAAGAUAGAGAUCCUAGGGACAUAAACAACACUCACACUAUACUCAUUCCCAAGUACAAAAACCAUGCCACCCCUAAGGAUUUUAGGCCCAUCAGUCUUUGUAAUGUGGUGAUGAAGAUGAUGUUGAAGACUAUUGCCAACCGUAUCAAGAAAAUUCUGCCUGAUAUUGUGGAUGAGGAGCAAAGUGGUUUUGUUAGUGGAAGGUUGAUCACUGACAAUGCAUUAGUUUCCAUGGAAUGCUUCCAUUGGCAAAAGAAGAAGAAUAUCGGAAAGAAGGGCAUGAUGGCUUUAAAGUAUGCUAAAAAAGGAAACUUUGGAAAAAAGGAUACAUGGAAAGUAGUAAAUCUCGACAAGUCAGAGGUAUCUUUCAGCCAAAACGUGUGUGAAGAAGACAAAGAUAUGAUCCGUGCGAGGAUGGGAGUUAAGGCUGUUACUAAUCACAAGAGGUACCUAGGCCUGCCAGUCAUUUUUGGAAGGUCUAAGAAGGAGAUUUUCUCACUUGUUGUGGAGAGAUUUUGGAAGAAAAUCAAGGGUUGGAAGGAGCAGUUUCUAUCUAGAGCAAGGAAAGAAGUCUUAAUCAAAGCAGCUGCUCAAGCUAUUCCUACUUAUGUGAUGAACUGUUACAAGUUACCAUAG